GUAGCUGUUAAGGAGGGAAUCGUCCAUGAAUCAUAAUCAUGAUACAGUAUUUCAGCCUCAGGUCGGCGCAUCUUCUCCAGCGAUCAUCUUCUCCGGCUUGUUGUGAUCUUCCUUCGGUUUGGUUUUGCAGAGAUCAUCUUCUCCAGCUCGUUGUGAUCUUCCUUCGAUUUUGGUUUUGCAGCGAUCAUCUUCUCUAGCUCGUUGUGAUCUUCCAUCGAAUUUUGUUUCCAACGAUCAUCAUUCAAAAUAUUUCCUCUGUAGUCUUCGAAUUUGGUUUACGUUGAUCAGUUAUGUCUAAUUUUUCAGAUGAAAUUGCUUGUUCUGGACAUGUAAUUGAAGAAAUUCACUUCAGAGGCGAAAUCUUUGUUGUUGAUUCGACUAGCCAUUCUUCUAGCAGUUUUGAUGGUAUACCACAAUCUGAUUCUUCCCUUUUAGUUAAAGAAGCUGAAGUGUCUGAGCUUCUUGGAAAAAAUGUUCUGUCAAAUAAAGAAGCUUUUGAUUUGUAUGACGAGUAUGCUUUUAGGAUUGGCUUUGGCAUUCGUUAUUCUACUCUACGGAAGAAAGAAGGUUGUUGUGAUGUUAGAGGCAGAGAAUUUUGUUGCACUAAACAAGGUUCUAAGAAGAAUAAAGGUGUACAUGGUAAGGUUUUCACCAAAGUUGAUCGUCGUACAGGUUGCAAAGCUAAAAUUUAUUUUGAGUUUAGAAGCAACGGUGAAUGGGUUGUGGUUAGACAUCUUAUGGAUCACAAUCACUCUUUCUGUCCUGGUUCUUUAGUUCAUCAUGUGAGGUCUCAUCGUGAUGUUUCUUCUUCUGAGUUGACAUAUUUGAAUCAUUUGAGAAAUAGAGGAGUAAAAAUAGCUGACGGUUUUCGUUGUUUACAAGCUGAAGCAGGUGGCUCUCCUUCAAUUGGUUUUGUGUUGCGCG